UACAGUACUUGCAAUGCUACACGAAGUACUUCUUGCUCUUUCAGGCUUUACUGGCGAUGUUUUCGUGGAGGACGAGACGGGAUUUCACGUUUCUUUAGAGUUUCCCUUUCAGCACAACAGUGAGAAAGAUGUUCUUAACAAGUUGGCCCGACUUGGUUUUCUAUACAAAAAGCUGAACGAUUUCAUAGAAUUUCAUGAUCAUCAGACCCCAAUAGCAAAGUCAAACACAGGUUUAUAUUUGAAAGCUUUGUCGUCUGGACUCGAUACCAUUCUUCAGCCAUACAGAGAGACUCUUCUACAAGCAGAGCAAGCAGUACUAAAGGACUCAGACCUCCCAGUUUCAUACUUACAACAUCUGGUAGAACCAUUUCAUAUACUUUUAUUGACAUUGGAUACUGUCAUACAAGAGAUAGUUGAAUUGAAGGUGCGUGGUUGCCGCGUAUUGCACGUGUUGUAUCAGCAUUCUGUUUAUGGAAAUCCAGUUGUGCAAGAGGCGAUGCAAAGAAUACUUCAGACUUGUCAUGGAGUAAUGUACAAACAAUUGUUAGCUUGGUUUCUUCAUGGCACUCUAAUGGACACCCACCACGAGUUCUUUAUUCGGAAAGUUAUCAGUGAAGAGAGAUCAGACAGUGCAGGAGGCGAAGAUACAGAGCAGACUUCUGGUAGUUCUAAUGUUCAUGAGUUUGUUGUUGCUUAUGAUCUUUUGCCUUCAUAUUUACCUCAACGUGUAGCAGAGAAGGUACUGUUUGUUGGUGAGGCAGUGCAGCUAUUUAGCACCAGGAAAACUACUGGUGUUCAACAACGUGUUCUAUCACAGGCAGAGGAAUCAGUCAUUCUCUCUCACUUGGCAGCACUUCAGAGGCAGCAAGUGUUUAACCUGAUAGAGUUUGAGUCCAUGGUUGAUGAAGUCAAAUCGACUGUUACUCAGCAUUUGUGGCAGUUGCUUGUGGAAGAGUCUGAUCUGCUUGGUCAACUACAUGUUUUGAAAGACUACUUUCUAUUGGGUCGUGGAGAGUUGUUUCUGGUGUUUAUCGACUUGGCCGAUAAUCUCUUGAAAGAGCCUGUAGCCGACAACACAGAACAUGAUGUAAACCAGCUGUUUAAGCAAGCAUUUCACAAGGUUACCUCAGAUGACGACGAUGUUUUUCAACAUUUCUACCUCUCAAUUGACCAACAGCAAGUGGCAGGCGUUUCCUCAAAUAGUUGGGAUAGGUUAAGCCUAACCUAUCGUGUUGACUGGCCACUACACAUUGUAUUUACGCCACCAGUAUUACAAAAGUUCAACAUGCUCUUUAAGUUUUUCCUAAUAGUCAAAAGGGCUCAACUGGCACUUCAACAUGCUUGGGCUCAACAGAUGGUGAAUAAAGGUUCUAACGACUUUAUGCAGUCUCGGCUAGGAGCUCUUUGGCGGUUGCGAUAUCAAAUGGCAUUUCUAGUGAACAACUUGCAGUAUUACUUGCAAGUUGAUGUAUUGGAGUCACAGUAUUCCAUCCUCACUGCCAAAAUGAAAAGCAGCAAAGACUUUGAAGAGAAUUGUCUUGCUAUGGAUACAUUUUUAUCCUCCGUCUUGGCACAAUCAUUUCUUCUUGUCAGACCAGUUGCUCAUUGUUUGGAAGAAAUUCUCACCAUGUGUUUGCGGCUUUCAUCGUUGAUUUUGUACGGAGUUCAAGCAACUGAUAGAGAUCUUGCUCAAGCUGAGAGAAUGACUACAGCAUUUAAUAGACAUGCAAGUCUACUUUUCAAAAUUUUGUCAAGUGUUCAAAGUCAUCAGAGUUCUGCUCAUUUGGCACAGCUCUUACUGAGAAUCGAUUACAACCAUUAUUUCUCAGACAAGAUGGCUAUAAUCUAGAUGAUAUUUCACAUGUAGAUCGUGACGUCAGAUUGUGCUGUUGUUACUUUAUCAGCCAGGUGUGGAGUAAACUGAUGAUUGUUUAUGGUGUAGAGACUAUUUUAUGACGUGCUCUAUAUAGAUUCUGCAUGUAUGGUGUGCUAGUUGUGGACAUUAAUUUUGUAGAUCUAAUCGGCAAUAUGUAAAUAUGCUUAUUGGCUAUGUCGAUAAAUACGUUCACAACAAAUCGGUCAUUUGCGUAUAUCACGUAGCAAUACACUUGCUGUCACGGGCA